AUGUCUGGCAUAGAGUAUGAAACCAUAUUUGAAGAUCUCUCCAACAAGAGCCCUUCCCUUCUCCACUAUAAUCCUGUCCACAAAAAAGUUCCAAUUCUUAUACACAAUGGAAAACUGAUCGUGGAAUCGCUUGUCAUUCUUGAAUACAUUGAUGAGACAUGGAAGGAAACUUCCUUGUUGUCUGAAGACCUUUACGAGAGAGCCAUGGCUCGCUUCUGGGCCAAAUUUGGCGAUGAUAAGGUUGUGACAUCAAUCUUUCAGGGUUUCUUCCUCAAGGAAGGGAAAGAGAAAAAGAAAGCCAUGGUUGAAGCCAUGAAGCACCUUCAGUUCUUGGAGGACAAGCUGAAGGGAAAGAGGCUCUUCGGCGGAGAGAGGAUUGGGUUUGUUGAUCUUGCCUUGGGAUGGCUUGCUAACUUUAUCAGCAUAUUUGAAGAGGUAGUUGGCCUGAAAAUAGUGGAUGAGGAUAAGUUUCCAUUGUUGUCCGAAUGGAUGAAAGAAUUUUCAGAUUCUCCCAUAAUCAAAGACAACUGGCCACCACAAGACAAGAUGAUUGCCAAGUUCCAUGCCCUUUAUGAUGCCACCAUUGCAGCAGCAGCAGCAUCUAAAUGA